CGAGGCCGGUGCCACCCACAUUGACACCUCCGUCAUCGGUAUCGGUGAGCGCAACGGUAUCACCCCCCUCGGUGGUCUGAUGGCUCGCAUGAUCGUCGCCGCCCCCGACUACACCAAGUCCAAGUACAAGCUGCACAAGCUUAAGGAGCUUGAGGACCUCGUCGCCGAGGCCGUCGAGAUCAACAUACCCUUCAACAACUACAUCACUGGUUUCUGUGCCUUCACCCACAAGGCCGGUAUCCACGCCAAGGCCAUCCUUAACAACCCCAGCACAUACGAAAUUAUCAACCCCGCCGAUUUCGGUAUGAGCAGAUACGUCCACUUCGCAUCAAGAUUGACUGGCUGGAACGCCAUCAAGUCGCGUGUGGAGCAGCUUGGUCUCACCAUGACCGAUGCUCAGGUCAAGGUUGUCACUCAGAAGAUCAAGGCCCUGGCAGACGUCAGGCCGAUUGCCAUUGACGACGCUGAUUCCAUCAUCCGUACUUUCCACUUGAACAUUACGGAGGGUGAGGAGAAGCCGCUGUUGCCCAACUUGACCGCCGAGGAGCAGGCCAAGUUCGAGAAGGCGGAGAGAGAGCUUGCUGGCGAGCCUGAGAAGCGUGCUUUGGAUGAGGCUGCCGCGGAGCCCGCGGCUAAGAAGGUUAAGGCAUAAGAACGGCAGAACAGAAAAAUUCCGGUUCACCGACCAACUUUUUGAUCCAGUACCCCGUCGCAAUCCUCCCUCCAUUUGCAGCCGCCCAACGAAGACAAAAUCCAACGAAUCCUCAGCCAUGGACUCGUCCCCCAUGCGCUCAUGACACC